UUUUUUAGCUGAGAAAGGGGAAAAAGAGAGAGUGGAAAAAAAAAAAGCCUUCAGAAGCUUCGCAUCUGGAAAGUCCAGAACGCGUUGUUGAUUUCCCCACGAGGGCUGGAGCAGAUUUGGAAGGAACUGUGCAAUGUAGUGGCUUCUUUGUGAAAGAACGGCAAUGAGAAAAGCCACAGGAACAUCCUCCGGGGUACCCAGAGCACUGACCCUGGGGGAGCGGCUUGCCUCGGCCUCAUUUCCCGCAGAGGGGGCCAUGGAGAGGAAGCUGGCAGGGGCCUGGCCCUGAGUCUGGGGACUUCACACAGGACUCAAGGCUCUGCUGUGAGUUAGUGGCCCCCAAAGAAGAGUCGCUCUUGUCUGAUGAAGCCUGGGAUGGUCCCCCCUCCGCCUGGAGAGGAAAGCCAGACUGUCAUUCUUCCCCCUGGCUGGCAAAGCUACUUGUCUCCUCAGGGAAGGCGUUACUAUGUCAACACGACCACCAAUGAGACCACCUGGGAACGUCCCAGCAGUUCUCCUGGGAUUCCAGCCAGCCCUGGCCCUCACAGGAGCUCUCUGCCUCCGACAGUGAAUGGAUACCACGCGUCAGGGACCCCAGCGCACCCUCCAGAGACUGCCCACAUGAGUGUCCGAAAAUCCACCGUUGAUUCCCAGAACCUGGGAUCCUCGUCUCCCGGUAAAAAGCAGAGCAAGGAGAGCACCAUCACGAUAAACUGCGUGACGUUCCCUCACCCAGACACCAUGCCGGAGCAGCAGCUGCUGAAACCAACAGAGUGGAGCUACUGUGACUAUUUCUGGGCUGAUAAGAAGGACUCCCAAGGCAAUGGCAAUGUGGCUGGGUUUGAACUACUGCUUCAGAAGCAACUGAAAGGCAAACAAAUGCAGAAGGAAAUGUCAGAAUUCAUUCGAGAAAGGAUAAAGAUUGAAGAAGAAUAUGCAAAGAACUUAGCUAAGCUUUCUCAGAACUCCUUGGCUGCACAGGAGGAAGGCUCCCUGGGAGAAGCGUGGGCUCAGGUGAAGAAGAGCCUUGCAGAUGAGGCCGAAGUUCACCUCAAGUUCUCCGCCAAGCUUCACAGCGAGGUCGAGAAACCCCUAAUGAACUUCCGGGAGAACUUCAAGAAAGACCUGAAAAAGUGUGACCAUCACAUUGCUGACCUCCGCAAGCAGCUCGCCAGCCGCUACGCCUCGGUGGAGAAGGCCCGGAAAGCCCUCACGGAGCGUCAGAGAGAUCUGGAGAUGAAGACCCAGCAGCUGGAGAUCAAGUUGAGCAAUAAGACGGAAGAGGACAUCAAGAAGGCGCGGAGGAAGUCCACACAGGCUGGAGAUGACCUCAUGCGCUGUGUGGACCUCUACAACCAAGCCCAGUCCAAGUGGUUUGAGGAGAUGGUGACCACCACAUUGGAGCUGGAGCGGCUGGAGGUGGAGAGGGUGGAGAUGAUCCGACAACACCUGUGCCAGUACACACAGCUCCGGCAUGAGACGGACAUGUUCAACCAAAGCACAGUCGAGCCUGUGGACCAACUGCUUCGAAAAGUGGACCCUGCCAAAGACAGGGAGCUGUGGGUCAGAGAGCACAAGACAGGCAACAUCCGUCCUGUGGACAUGGAGAUCUAGAUGGGCACCUGUGGCCCCGGGGGUCCUGCCAAGGAGAGGGGCCGGGGGUGGGUCCCACAGAGAGACGGUGGUGGCUCCCACUGUGGGGCCUGCUGCCAAGUGGCGCUGUCCUCUCACCCGCUUUCCUGUUCCACUGAGGAGUGGGGGGAACAAGGGCCACAGCUGGGAUUCCAGAAGGGCGGCUUGGAUGGCCCCACUGGAAGCUUCCUAGUGCUCCCAGACCAAGAAGACCGAUCCACAGCCCUGCCCUUGUCUCCGAGGUCGAAGCCCCCCAACUUCUGUGCUGUGCUUGUUGCUCUGAGAACAAAUAAGGCUGGAACUUUGUGGUCCCUGCUGAGCAUCAUAGGGGUUGCCUCCCUACCUGGAGCCAGCUGUGUCACACGUCUGUGCCCCUGGAAGCCCCAAGGCCCCUUCUCCAGUUGGCCUCCUUGUCUCCAGGGCUUUAGAGGGUCAGGGGAGAAAGGCAUCUGUCCCCAAAAUAUUAGGAUCAGAAUCAGGAUCAGAAUCGCGGCUAGAAGUCGCCAUUCAGCUGAACAGCCCACACCCACAAUCCUUUGCAGCCCUCCAUUUUACCCUGUUGCAUUCUGGGAGCCCACAUUCUGUCUCUUCUCUGCCAUUUUUCACCUUCAGAGGUCUUGGGGAGAAGGCUUGGCUUGUGUCUUCCCAAACUGACCCUGCCCGGAGAGGUCAGGAUGGAACUACCUCAUUCAGCAAAUUAGCCCCGAGUCAGAACGUUGAGUGGUGUUUCCUUGGAUCAAGCAUCUUCUGUCGUCUCCUCUCUAGAAGUCCCUAAUCCACCCAGCUCUCUGCUGCUUCCUCAGUCAGGGAAGCUCCUUCCUCUCAUCCUUACCCCUUUCCAGGGGAGAGCGCAGUGGGGCUGGGUCAGCUCCCUGUGGGGAAGGGUUGGGCAAGUCUGCAUCCUGCCCCAGGUAGCUCCACCUGCUUGUCUAGGGUGGGGUAGGGACCCCAUCCCUCAUAUGAAUCUCUCUCACUGACUGGCCUGUGCAGGCCUUGCAGACUCUGUUGGCUGUAGUAGUGUCCCACCUCCCUGCCUCUCAGCUCCUUCUGUGUGUCCAGAGCCCGUACCAACUCCCUCUUUGGAGCUAGUACCACUUUUCCCUUGUCCCAUCUCCCAGUUCUUGGAAAAGCCUGUUUAGAGAAUGAUUUGAGAGGCUGCCAAUGCUGUUGUUGGGCGUCGCUCAUCUCUCCUUCCUUUUUAUACCACAACAAACGUGUACUCCACCAUGUCAGCCUUGAAAAUCAGCAUGAGGGAACCGGAGGCAGCCAAGGCCAUGCUAGCAAGGGAUAGAUUCUAUCCUUUUCUCAUACCCGAGAAUCUAUCUUUCUUAGUUAUUGUUCCUACUUUGGAUAAACAGGUCUCCCAGAGGGCGGACUCUCGGGCACAAUUGACUUGUCUCCUCUUGGUCUUACAUGUUAAUACGUCUGGCAUUAUUCUUGAAUCUUUUGGUAUUUCUCUCAUAGAGUCAGAUUUUCUCUUUUGUAUUAGAAAGAUGCUGAAUAUCCUAAAGAAAACCAAACAUUGUCACUGUUCUUAUCCAACAUCCCAACCAAAAAGGUUGGGAAGAACCAACAUGAAGGCCAUUGGGACAGAUCUGUCCUGGGAUGGAGACCCACUCCUUCUGGACCUAGGGGCUGGGCCAUGACAUCAGCUACCCAAUUUAGGAUAUUAUUUCUUGGUUUCUUUAUUAAAAACGGGUGCUAGUAAUAAUGGCUUGAUGGCAUCAUCACCUAACCUGUGAAUGAUUUUCAAAUGUUCAAAGUCAUUAGCCUUGUUAUGGACAUAGCUAUUUUUAAUAUGACUGGGCUCAUUGAGCUUGUCUCUUCAUUCCCAGUUGAAGAUUCCAGAGUCUCCUCUUCUUCUCUUGCUUCUUCCAGGGCAGCCCAAGUUGACUGGAAGUUUGGAAAUGAUUCUUUCCCUCACCCCCUCACCUCAGCCUCAUUAGCCUCUCAACAUACUUCCUUUUUUUUCUUCCCUCCUAAUUCCAUCAUCAAGCAUUUGUAUUAGGGCAAUGUAUUAGGAUCUGGGGGCAAGAUCUGGUCCUGCCAGCGUAACCCACAGUCUCUUACUUUGUGUACUUAUCUCUUCCCCAGAGAUCUUGCUGGUCAGUAACCUUAGUAUUUAUAAGCAGAAUUUCGAUUUUCAGAGAUACUGUUAUGCAGCUCAAUCAUGAGCUGCAUUCAUUCAUUCACUCACUCAUUCCUUCUUUCACUCAGCAGAUACUAGGGAUAACCCAGGCACUGCGGGAAGCAUGAGAAUUGUAGCUGCACAAGAGUCAGUCCCUCUCCCCCACCCCCUCCAUGUAGGUAGAGGUGUGUUUAGACCUUUCUGGAGCAUGAGAAUGCUGCACCCAUUCCACAGGAUGGAAGGUGGGCAGCAACAAGAGUUUAACCACCUGGUAGCCAACCCUCACUGCCUAUGUCCAACUCAAAUUUCAGAACUUUCUUUGUUUUAAAUCAUCUGUCUCACUUUCCAAAUAGGAAGCAUGAAGCCCGAGGAUGGCCAGUGAGUGGCGUGAAAUUGACAGUGAAUCAAGAGUAGGCUUGGAGUUGAUACCAGGCCUCUAUCCAUUCACAGGGCUCCCUCUCUGGGUGCAACCGAGAUUAGGAUGAAAUCUUGAAUAUCUUGAAGUGCAUUUUGGAAAAGCAGACACAUCUGGGUAGUUGUUUCAGUUUCUGUUUUGAGGUUUAGGACAUCAGAGGAUUUGGUUGGGUUUAUUUGGAACGGGUGAUUCUUGAGAAGAACCAUUCAUUGCUCCAUUUCUAGGAACAGGUGAGCCUCUUGUACCUGCCUCCUCCUGGAGACAUGGAUGCACUUAGUUUUGUCUUUGAAAAUCUGAUUUAAAAAAUCUUUCUUUCUAGGGCAAAUGGUGUUCCAAGUGAGUUGGUUGCCAUGGCAACCUCCUGGAAAAGCCACUUGUUCCUCUCCAUUUUUCUAUAGCUUUUGAUCAGUAUUGCAAAGCACAGAAAAACUGGGCCAUGGGGAUGCCGGUCUUGAGGGUCUCCCUACCUCCCCCCCGUGUCUGUUGGCCAGGGAGGAUUUCUGCCUUGGAGGCAUUUCUCUGCUCAUCAGGGAUGAUUAAUGACUGAAGCAAACAGAGACAGUGUAUACAUUCACAGAUGAGGGGUUUGUUUCUAUCCCUUUGUGAAAACCAAUCAAUCACUAGAUUAGUGGAUGAGUGCAUAAAGUUCUUGGCUGAGCCAAAGUCCCUUCUUGGAAAUACAAGCCAUAAAAUUCAAAGGAUGUCAAAGACCUUGGCUUGUUUAAGUGAUUUCACUUCCAGCUGUGAGUGCCCUCGACAGGGAGAGUUUAAACAGGAUUCUACAGACCUGCUCAUGAAUGUGCAGGUAGGGAAAGCACUUUACAUAUGUUAAGUGGGGCACUGAGUGGCAGGACACCCUCUCAUUACUUAGCUUACUUAGGCAGGACACCCUCUCAUUCCCAUAAUCCUUCUCACUCCUGAAAGCCUUGUGUUUUUCUAGGUUUAUUGAAGUAUUUGACAUCCAGUAUUGGGGUUUAUUGACAUACAGUAAAAUUUACCUUCACUAGGGUUUAGUGAAUUUUGACAACCUUAUACAGUCUUGUCAAUACCACCAAAAUCAACAUAUAUUCACUACUCAAAAAAAAUUCCCUCAGACCCCUGUGGUCAAAUCCCUCCUCCCAUCCCUAGCUUCUGGCAAAGACCAAUCAACUUUAUGACCUUGUAGUUUGCCCUUUUCUAGAAUGUCCUAUAAAUGGAAUCACUCUGAUGCAGCCUUCUGAGUCUGGCUUCUUUCACUCAGUGCUUUCAAGUCGCCCGUGUUGUGUGUGUCGGUGCUUGUUCCUGGGGUCACGGAGUCACCUCCUAUUGCAUGGGUGUCCCACGCAGCUACCUUGCUUUUAAAAUGAGCUUUUACCCUGGAAGUUCCUGGCCCAGGGUCUUCUUCAGCUUAUUUGCAUGGUCACAUCAGCCUGCUGCUUCCUACCUCUGCCUCCCAAGGCUUUUCUUCAAAUGCCAGCUAUGCCCACAAGUCGUCUUUGGGGCUCACACUUUCCUUUUGAGUUCAUUUUAGGAUUUUAACAAUGCGGAAAUCUGCCAGCAGCUGGAGGGAAGAGUGGACACGGUCUAGUGGCCUUCCUCUCAGAGAGCAGAUUCACUCUUUGUGGGCCCCGCCCCCCACUUCAACUCUCAUGUCCCAGCAUUUGGUGAGCAUUAGGAGGUAUUCGAGGCAAAUGGACAUGACAUGGCUGAGGGGCGGGGGGCUGGCCAUGAGCUCAUCACCACCCUUCCCUGGGUCUUUGUUGCUUCAUCUGCAAACAGAAGGUAUUUGUCUUAGAUGAUGGUCUCUCAGGCUUCCUCCACUGACUGUAUUCUACCUCCUGCCCCUUCUCAUUUCCACCUUUGUCCCCUACAACCAUGGCCGUGCCUAAUUUGGGUCACCAUGCGUGGCACUGUCCAAAAAUCCUCAUGAGAGGGACGCCCUGGCACUUCCCUGUUGAGAUGCAAAUGGAGCUCAAAUUAAGUUUCAUGAACCAUUGAAAUGAGGUAGUUCCUCCUAGACCACCCCCCAUCACCACCAAAGAUAGCUUAAGUCAUUCAUUACCUUUGAGGUCUCAUCCACUGAUCUUUGAUGGCGUGUCCCGAGGCUCCUUCUGCGGAGCCACGAGAGACACAAACUGACACCGUCUAUCAGGUUCCUGUCAUUGUUGGAACCUUGUGCAGCUGGUGGUCACACAGAGCCUGACCUGUGCCUGCAGCCUACUGGGUGGUGGCAGAGACAAGAUCCAACCCUGCUAAAGCCCGGCAGGCUGUGGGCAUGACCUCCAAGGUGACGACUCCUCUAAACCAUGUCUCCAUCAUGCCCUGCUCAGAGAAAGGUGAGUGCUGGGAGGCAACCUGGCAAAGCGCAGACAUUCCUGGACAUUGCUGAAUCCCAGCCAGAUGAAGGUCAGGGCUGUGGUGGUGGGAACUGAGCAUCUGUAGCUGGGAUUCUUCUAGGUUGGAUUUUUCCAGGGAGCACUCUGAACAUCCUCCCCCGGCCCCAAGUAGUGUUACUGCUCUUGGACCUUUCCUGAAGGGAGGGACCCAACCCCUGUUAUAGGUCUGGAUGAGCAUAAAAUAAGUGAGAGGCUGUGAAGACUUUGGAUUUUCUGUGUGCUGUUCAGGGGACACUGACUUUUUUGUUGGGGGAACUUCCUAAUGGGGUUGCGAUGGUGGACUGCAAAGGGUCAGAGUGCUUGGGCGCUCUGGGGUGUGUGCCAUGAACAGAGGGGAAGGCAUGUGGUACUAGGGUAACAGCACUGAAUGGCCCCACCCUGUUGUCUCAUAUGUUGCAUAACCUGAAGUUAAGUCACAUUCUCUCCCGGGACCUCUGUGUACCCAUCUGUCCAGCAGAGACGCUUCCCUUCCAGCAUCUUACAAGCAGACCAGCUCUUGGGGGCUGCGGACCCAGGGACAGGAAUUGAAGGGGACACUGCUCAUCAUCGUGGGUGUGGACCCCAAAUGUGCAUCUCUUCCUUUCCCUUAGGAAGGUGAUUGGGGGGCAGUCCUUUCGCUGACAUGAGCACAUCAGCAAACCCUACAAAAGUGGAAUUUUCUAACAAAAUAAACUUGCUUGUUUGGUCUGUUUUCUGUAACUUUUGCUAAAUACUUUAUACAUUUUUAAUGUUAAAAAGCUGUGUCUCCUGCCAGCAUUCCUCAUCCCGGUAGGUAUGAAUGUGUUUACUCCACAUUGUAUAUCCUUCCAUCUUCUGGCUGCCCUAGAUCAGUAAAUAAAAUCGAUGUACUAUAAUUUAUAAGUAACACUGUUGAAACUCUGAUCCCUACGGAGGCUGUAAUCUGCCUGCCCCCACCCUGCCGUAAUAGCAUUUGUGUGUAUUAAUGCUGAAGAAUUAAAUGUUUAAAGGGUUUAAAUUUUGAAGGCGUUUGCUAUAUAUAAUU